AUGUCUGCUUUUGACAAGUCCUACAACCUCCCUGCUCCUCGCAGAAUCACGGCCUCCAACCUACCGCUGCCCUCCCACCAUGCCACCGAUGACCAUGCCGAGCCCGGUGUCGAGGUCAAAGUUGACGACCUCGAGGUCCAAUCCCUUUUUGACGGCAGUUUCCGACGCGCCGUCAUAGGCACCAGCAAGCAGCUCCCCACCAAGAAUGAUGGCCAUGGCGAGCUUCCCCUGGACGACGUUCCAGGCGCCGGCAUCGUCAUGCCUGGCGGCCUCAACACCUAUUACCUCGAUAUUGCGCCUGGCACAGAGGGCGCGUUGCACCGUACCACUUCAACAGACUAUGUCAUUGUGAUCAGUGGCAAACUUAGUCUCAUCACGCCCAAGCCCGACGUCUAUCACAUCAAGGAUGGCAAAGCGACUUGCGCUGGCGACCUUGUUGAGACUGUCGCUCACCCUGGCGACGUCAUUUACCAGCGAGGUCCUAUUCAUGCUUUAUCUAACCGCGGGAACGAGUGGGUUCGUGCGCUUUGCGUCGUGCUGGGCUCACAGCCAAACAAGGUCCCGGUCGAGGAGGGUGGCAACCACAAGGAACUUCAGGACCAUUGGCUUGCUUAA